AGUGACUAACGAUGCCUAAGGUCAAAUACUAUGAUAAAAGCAACAUAAAUAGGGCAGUGCAAGACGUCAUCAACAAAGUUGAAUCAUAUAGAUCUGCAGAAUUGAAAUAUGGAGUUCCGAAAUCGACUAUAGAAUUUAAAAUUAAGCAUCCUGAUCACAAAAAUACUUGUGAUCCCUCACCUGUUCUCAACGAAGAGGAAGAGAUGAUAUUGGUGAACUGGAUCCUAGAAACAGCACGAAAAGGAUUUCCAAAGAAGGCGAACGACCUCAAGUCCAGUGUUCAAAAUUUUUUAAGUGAUCAUCCGCGGAAAAAUCCUUUCAACAACAAUAGGCCUGGCGAUGCAUGGGCUUUUCUGAAAAGGCAUCCGGAAAGUGUUGAAAGAAGUAGCGAAUCUGUGAGCGCCGCUAGUGCGUGUGUAUCCGAAAAAGAUAUCAGACUAUGGUUCUCUGAAUUAGAAACUUACAUAAAAGGAAAUGACUUGGAAGAUGUGAUAUCUGAUCCUACUCGAAUAUAUAAUGCGGAUGAAACAGGAUUUGAAGUUAGCCCUUCUACUGGCAAAGUAUUUGCGAAACGUGGUGCAAAAAACGUUUACACAAUCGAUAGAGGUGCAGCAAAAGAAAAUAUAACAGUUAUCUUUGCUUUUUCAGCUAAUGGGGAAAUUGGUGUACCUAUGAUCAUUUACCCCUACGUGAGAUUUCCUGAAAAGAUUGCUAAAUCAGUAAACCCAGAGUGGGGCAUCGGCCGUAGCCCUAAAGGAUGGAUGACCAGCGAAACAUUCUAUGAAUAUAUUGUGAACGUCUUCCAUCCUCAUCUUGUGAAACAUAAUAUUAAGUUUCCAGUGAUCUUGUUCUUGGAUGGUCACAAGUCCCAUCUUAAUUAUAGUUUAAGCCUCCUGUGUAAAAGGUUACAAAUAGAAAUAUUCGCUUUAUAUCCAAAUUCGACCAGGAUCUUACAACCAUGCGAUGUUGCUGCUUUCCGACCACUUAAGCAAGCUUGGCGCCGGACAGUCAGAGAAUGGGAAGAAGAGCACCCAUCUGAACUUCUCAAUAAAGUGAAUUUUGCUCCUGUCGUAGAAAAAGCUUUUGAAUCCAGUAUAAAACCUGAAACACUGGUUAAUGGUUUCAAAGCAUGUGGGCUAUUUCCGUUCAACAAAAAUGCGAUCGCUUACACUAAAUGUCUAGGAGCUAAAGGCACAAACCACACAAUAAUUCAGGAUGUUCCUCUAUUGCAAAAUCAGACCAUGGAUUACAAAACAUUUGUUCAGAUUGUAGGCCAAGAAAGGAUUAACAAAUUUGAAAUAUUGAGUCAGCAGGUUCCCGAAAUCUGUAAUGAUGAUUUUAUGUCACUUUUUAAACUUUGGCAAUAUUUCCACAGAACAAGUAAUCAAAAUAAGGUACAUUCAGACCUAAUAUCAGAGACUCAUUCAGAAGCAAACGGAUCAUCCUCUGACAUGCAAGAAGGGUUACCAAUUGUUAAUCAGGAUACUAUAGAAAAAACACAUCACCAACUACCACCAGUAGGAAGGAAUGAGGCCACAGUUGAUGUACUAGUGCAUGCCCCAAGAUCUCCUCUCGGAGAUUUGCAAAAUUUAGACACAGCUACAGCUUCAUCCAUGACGCAACGAAUGAGCAACAGUGUCCGUCCCAUAAAUUCUGAGCUAUUCGGUCAAUAUUUCACAAUUCCAGAAAGUCCAAGAAGGAAAGGCAAGAGAAAUGUCGAGAGAAUUCCAUUUGCCAUUACAUCAAAAAAAUGUCAAGAAUUCUUUGAGAAGAAGCAACAGAUAAUAGAAAGAGAAGAAAAGGAAAAAGAAGAGAGAAAAAGAAAACGUGAAGAAAAAGCAAAUUUAAAAAAGAUACUAAAGCCAAAUCACAAAUAA